AUGCAGGUCAAGUCAGAGUGCUCAGUCCCAGAAAUGGGCGACCUCAAGACCGUGAACGCCGCGGUUGAUGAGGUAUCCGACUCCUCUCGAGCUGGUACGCCAAGCUCCCAAGAUGAGAGCACUAGAGAUGACGCUGCACGAUCAGUGCAACCGAACUUUACCUCGCUGCUACCGCAAUUGACCCUAGAGGAGAAGGUUGAUUUGUUGUCGGGAACGGAUUUUGUUCACUCUAGCGGAGUUUCGCGAUUGAACAUUCCUCCUUUGAAGCUCGUCGACUCUGUUAACGGGGUCAAAGGCUCUGAACUUCACCACGGUGUCCCAACGGCCAUUUUUCCAAGCUCGACUUUAUAUGGUGCCACUUGGAACAAUACACUCAUGGAGGAGCUAGGAAGGGCAUUGGCCUACCAAGCGAAAUUGAAAUCUGCGCAAGUCAUUCUUGGACCAACAAUCAACAUUCACCGCGAUCCUCGAGGGGGACGAAAUUUUGAGUGUAUCAGCGAAGACCCUCUUUUGUCCGGUCAGCUUGCGGCCGGCGUCGUGCGCGGAAUACAAUCACAAGGGGUCGCUGCUUGCCCGAAACAUGUUGCUUGCAACGAGAGCGAGUUCAAGAGGAGGGAGUACAGUGUGGCAGAGUCUCACAAUAGCCGCGCUGUUCGGGAGAUAUACUUAGCUGCUUUCCAGGAGAUGUUGAGGAGAAGUGAGCCUCAUGGCUUGAUGGUAAGCUACAAUAAACUGAACGGCACCCAUACGACCGAGCAUCCUUUCCUGAAGGAGAUAUUACGAGACGAAUGGGCAUACAAUGGAUGUCUGGUAUCUGACUGGUUUGCCACCAAAUCUUGUGCAGCAUCAGUUAAUGCUGGGCUCGACCUGGAAAUGCCCGGUCCAUCAGUCUUUCGUGGUUCAAAGCUUGUAGCGGCUGUAAGGGACGGACUUGUUGACGAAAAAGCCGUCGAUGAGUGUGUUUCUCGAGUUCUCGGUCUGGUCGAGAAGACACGAGAGUCUCACUCACAGGAACCUGAAAGGUCUGAAGUCAGCCCGGAGACGAACGCACUAGCCCUGAAGGUCGCAUCAGAGGGCAUUGUCCUUCUCAAAAAUGAGGAGGGUGUCUUGCCUCUUGACAUGCGUCGUGCUCCAAAGAUUGCAGUCAUUGGUGUCCCCGCCAGUGAGCCCGUCGUGAGCGGCGGAGGCAGUGCCAGUGCACCUCCGCAGUACCUACAAAAGCCAUUGGACUGUUUGAGAGACGCUCACCCAUUCCCUUCUUUGAUGAAAUAUGCCCGAGGGGUCAAUACAAACAGAAUCGUCCCCAUAGUACCGCUAGAUUGCACUACGUCUAAGAAUGGCAGCCCCGGUUUUGACAUCGCUUAUUUCAACGAGGGUUCUAAUAUACCCGUGUACACGGAACACCAGAAUGUUCCAGUGGUUGCCAUGGUUCGAAACUUGAAGCCUGGUCUGAGGGAGCCGGGCUUCAGCUACGAGAUUUCAACUACCAUUACCCCCAAGACGACCGGCCCACACACAUUAGCCGCUCGCGUUACGGCGAGUUUCUCUCUCUUUGUCGAGAGCAGAGCUGUUCUUUCGGUCCCGAAUCAGCAUGAAGUGACAAUGGAAGAUUUUCUCUUUGAGCCCGCUCGCCUGGAACACCGCAUUUCUGUUUUCAUGGAGGCUGGAAAGCCUUACUUGGUGCGGCUACUGAGCCAGGCUCGUAUCCCUAGGGCAAACGACUAUGAACCCACUCCUCACGGUGCAACGCUGUGCUAUGAGGAAUUCAGUGAUGAACGCGCUUUGAUAGCCGAAGCCGUCCAGGCUGCUUCUUCAGCAGAUGUGAGCAUCAUCUUUGCUGGUCGGAAUCAACAAUACGAAUCCGAAGGGUUCGACCUUGAUUCCAUGAAUAUGUCCGAACCCCAGGUAAGGCUCAUCAGAGCUGUCACAGCAGUUUCCAAGAAGACAGUUUUAGUCCUCAACUGCGGCAAUCCCAUCGACGUAUCGCCAUUUGUGAAUGAAGUCGACGCGAUUCUCAAUGCUCACUUCCCCGGCCAGGAGGGCGGACGGGCAAUCGCUAAUAUUUUGACUGGAAAAACCAACCCCAGCGGCCGCUUGGCGACCACCUGGCCUAAGAAGUUCGAUGAAGAGCACGUCCCCACUUACCACAACUUCCCAGCGCGACUUACGGAGCGUGGGUAUGAAAUCAAGUAUGAAGAAGGCCUUCAAAUAGGAUACAGACAUCCUCAAUCCCAGCGCACUGCGCAAUGGCAAUUCGGCCACGGACUGUCUUACACUACCUUUGAAUACUCGGGACUCACCGUCAGUGGCCAGGAGAUAACUGAGAAGGCACCCGACUCGGAUCUGAAAAUCUCGGUCAGGGUCAAGAACACUGGUAUCUACCCCGGCCAUGAGGUUGUCCAGCUCUAUAUAUCUCCUCCAGAUAGCACGAGGGUGUGGCGUCCUGCUCGCGAGCUUAAGGGGUACGCGAAAGUAUGGAUACUUCCUGGGGAGUCAGAAACAGUGACAAUCUCCCUGAAUAAGAAACAUGCAUUCAGCUACUGGGAUGAACAUGUCCAACAAUGGCGGCUGGAGCCUGGAACAUACCGCCUUCUUGUAGGACCUUUUUCCACUCCCUUUGAGAUUGAGCACAGUUUAAUGUGGGCUGGACGGUAG